AUGGAAAGCAAGAGACAGAGGGAGGACAGCUUGGACUGGGAAAGCCAGCAGAGCGAGCCGUGUUUCUCAUCAGACAACCACAGCCUGGUAUCCCUGAUUUGUAUUGCCCUCUCUAAGCUACAAGUCUACGACUGCUUAGCGUAUAUUCUGACGUACCUAUUUUUUGGUACGGAGCAUUAUUCCCUCUACGCCUGGCUGAGCCACACCUUUGGCGGUCCUCACUUCCCUCCCGUGCAUGGUAAGCAGAGGCUACCUAGAGCUGGAGGCUGGAGGCAGCGUCUUCGAUGCAACGUGGAGAAGAACCGAAAGAACGGCCUGUCAGCGCCGGAGCGACCUGCUCAGCGCUUCUGUCGCACAGCAUCAGCUGCCAGAUCAGCCGUUCGUCGGGUUUCGGUGCUCAGUAUGGCCGGUGAGCACCUCGGUCUGGGCGGGGGACGGAGCCUGUCAUUCUGUCUCGUGGGGGCCGCCGCGGCCCAUCAUACGAUGGGUCAAGGUCGAUGGGCCAAGACCGCAAAGGGAUUGGCGUCGAUGAAGAGAGCACCAGCAAUGGCAGCGUUUGACAUAGCCCAGAUCCCACACUUGCACAACCAUCGCAGCGAAGGCGGCGAUGACUAUGCGAUGUGA